AUGGAGGAACAUGACGACCAUUACGACAAUCUAGCGCUCCCUGACACCUUGAGAACGGCGUCUGACCACGUUGAGGCUGGAAAAAGGAGAAGGCCGCACAAGAAGUCGCGAAAUGGGUGUCAGCAGUGCAAGCGGCGAAGGAUUAAGCUAGAAACGCCAGACCUAGAAGUAAGGAAGAGAGGUAGACCACGUAAAAACUGGACCGUCGUCUCCGUUGAGGGUAGAACUGCUGCUCCCUCUGAAUGUAAUGCCACCGCCUUAGUAACAUCUACCCCCCUCGCAUCCUCGUUAGCAAAUUCAUCGAUGUGGCACGUGGAAAGGCCUCUACACCUGCCAUGGGACGCCGAGGACUUGGAGCUCUUCUUCCACUACCAGAAUGAAGUCUGUGCCGGCAUGGGGGGUUUUGACUUACAGCUAUGGAAAGACCGGACCCCCCGCCUUGCGUUCCGCCGCCACGGAGUGCUGCAUUUGCUUCUCGCCGUGUCUGCCCUCCAUCUGUCGAGGCAGGAACCACUGCGGCGCCGUCGGCUAGAGGAGCGCGCAGAGGUGCACCUGGCCAUCGGGUUGCUUCGCACCACCGAUAUCCUGCCCAACCUGAGUGCCGAGAACUGCGCCGAGCUGUACGUGGCUACCAUCUUGGUCUGCACUUGUACGUUCGCAAAGCGGCCGGGGCCGGACAACUUGCUCGUCGUCGCAGACGGUGCCGAGGUGGCUUGGUGGGAUCUUUUCAGGGGCGUACGCAUCAUCGUGGAGACGAUCGGCAUACAAGCCGUGUUUGCUGGUGAGCUGGGGCCGAUGCCGUCUGACACUCAAGGUGACCGGCAGGAUAAGUCUCCUCAUCCCCAUCACGUUGUUCCGGUUGCUAUAGUAGAUUGGGAAGACGCCCUUGAUCGCCUGUCUGUCCCCAUCUCUGCCGUGGGUGAUGAAAGUGUCAGAGGCGCAUGUCAGAGUGCACUCUGCAUUAUGAAGUGGUGCUUCCAAGAAACAUAUGGCACAGCUGUGAGGCCGAAGAGCACGCCCGAUGCCAAGUUUAAUAACAUCAUGGUAUGGCUCUACUGCCUAUCCGAGGAGUUUGUGGGCAGUCUGAAAGAACAGGAACCGGCUUCUCUCAUUCUCUUAGCUUACUUCACUGUACUUCUCCGGACCCUUGCUACAGCCUGGUUCAUGGAAGGAUGGGCAGCACAUAUCUUGCAGAGGGUAUCUGAGAUUCUAGGACGAACUUGGAAUGAAUGGUUGCAAUGGCCGGCCCUCCAAAGUAAGGAUUCUGGCGCAUUAUUGACGUCCUAA